AUGAUGCAGCCUCAAGUCUUCAUUUCUGGCCUCAUACUUCUUUUCCCAGGUGCUGUGGAUUCUAAUGUAGCAGUGACAGGGGUGGUGGGUCACCCUGUCACACUGCCAUGUACUUACUCAACACGUGGUGGAAUCUUUACCACAUGCUGGGGUCAAGGGGCAUGCCCGUCUUCUCAUUGUACCAACACACUUAUCUGGACCAAUGGAUACCGCGUCACCUAUCAGAGGAGCAGCAGAUACCAGCUAAAGGGGAAUAUUUCAGGAGGAAACGUGUCCUUGACAAUAGAGAAUGCUGUCCCUAGUGACAGUGGUCUGUAUUGUUGUCGCGUGGAGGUUCAUGGAUGGUUCAAUGAUCUCAAAGUGACCUUUUCGUUGGAAGUUAAACCAGAAAUUCCCACAAGUCCUCCAACAAGACCCACAACUACGAGACCCACAACUACAGGGAGACCCAUGACUCUGUCAACAGGACCCACACAUAUACCAGCAUCACCUAGAGUCUCCACCUCUACUCCUAUAACACCAGCGCACACACAGACUCACACACCAGAACCCACUACAUCUUACCCAAGUCAGACUACAGCUGAGGUGACAGGAACCUCAUCCUACACCCCUGCAGAUUGGAAUAACACUGUGACAUCCUCAGACGACUCUUGGAAUAAUUACACUGAAUCAAUCCCUUCAGGGAUGGCACAUAACAUGACGAAGGAUUUCUAUAUCGGCAUCUCCACCGCUGUCCUGCUGUUGCUGCUGCUUGUGAGCACCGUGGUUAUCACCAGGUAUAUCCUUAUGAAAAAGAAGUCGGGGUCUCUAAGCUUGGUGGUAUUUCAUGUCUCGAAGAUUGGAGCUUCGCAAAACACAGCAAUUGUGUGGCCCUGA